GACAAUGCCAAUGUCGUUCAUUGUUAGCAAACAUGGCCAAUCUCGUUCUGUUGCUCACAUUCGUUCUAAUGACAUUGUCAAUGGCAAGAUUAAAAAGUACGGAGGCGCCUAAAAGUAAAACCGCACUAUUCAAUGACCAGGACAACAUGGGUUAUGAAGAAUUAGAUAUGGAAGAGAUAAUGUCGGCGUGUAACGAAUCAUUCCGAAUUGAAUAUGCGUACUUGGAAUCUCUGAACGAUAGCGGCAGUUUCCCGGAUGAAACCGACAAGACGCCGAAGUGUUAUAUUCGCUGUGUCCUGGAAAAAACUGAAAUACUGUCAGAAAACGGCGUCUUGAAUCCAGCCACAGCGGCGCUAGUUUUUGCGGGGGAGAGAAACGGAAAACCGAUGUCCGACCUCGAGGAGAUGGCUGUGGCGUGCGCUGAUAGACAUGAGAAAUGCAAAUGCGAAAAGGCAUACAAUUUCGUGAAAUGCCUCAUGUACAUGGAGAUCGACAAAUACGAGAAAAAGAAUUGAUUCAACACGAGCGACAGUUCUGAUAAUGAUUUUGUUCUUAAAAUUAAAAAUAUUACGCAUUAGGCCUCUGAGUUUUAAAUUAAAAUCAAUGAAUGU